GCUGACGCAUCUCAGUUGGCAUCCCUAUUCACAGCUUGUCACCUUGGGCGGAGCGCCCUGGAAACAGAGCAAGCGGACAACGAAUAGCGCCUCCGGCAGGGCUUUUAGGCGGCCGAUGUGAGACGGAGGGUUAUGUCUAGAGGCAACUGUUUAGACAAAUAGAGAGAGAGACGACCAGACCCUCGCAAGCUCAGUACGACCCCAACCAUGUCUUUCUUGUUCGGGAGAGGCAGAUCGCGGGCUGCGGCCGAUCUACCCAGGCAAGCUCGCGAGCAUAUCCUAAAGCUUGAAAGCCCUAACGGGGUCUCCAAGGCCGAAGAGCUUGCUCGCGUGCUCAAUCAGAUGAAGGUCGCUCUCCAAGGCACUCAAGAAACUGAGAGCUCACCCGAGCAGAUCUAUCAGCUCGUCACCGCUUUGAUAGACGAGGACCUGCUCCACCUCCUAGCUACCAACCUCUAUCGCCUACCGUUUGAAUCGCGAAAGGAUACUCAAGUCAUCUUCUCCUAUGUAUUUCGCUUUCGGCCCGCGGCGGCAGCGCCAAAAAGCGACCCCAUCGCCCUGUCGUACGUGGUGUGCAACAGGCCGCAAGUCCUAGUCGAGCUCUGUCGCGCCUACGACCACAAGGAGAGCGCCACUCCAGCGGGAUCGGUUCUUCGAGAGCUUCUAAAAAACGAGGCUGCGGCGGCCAUAAUCCUAUACGACGAUGGCGAUGAACCUGGAUCCAGCUGCAAGGGGCUUGCUGCCAUUGACCGCAACCGACCCCAGAGCGGCCGAGGCGUUUUCUGGAGGUUUUUCGACUGGAUCAACAAGAGCUCCUUUGAAGUAGCUGCGGAUGCCUUUACGACCUUUCGGGAGCUGUUGACGCGGCACAAAGACUUGAUUCCGAAAUAUCUCUCCACCAACUUCGACCUCUUCUUUGACAAGUACAACAAUACCCUGGUGCAGUCGAACAGCUAUGUCACCAAGCGACAGUCUAUCAAACUCCUUGGCGAACUCCUGCUGGACCGGUCCAACUACAGCGUCAUGACGGCGUACGUUGACAGCGGCGAGCAUCUAAAAAUAUGCAUGAACCUUCUCCGAGACGACAGGAAAAUGGUCCAGUACGAAGGAUUUCACGUGUUCAAGGUGUUCGUUGCGAAUCCUCACAAAUCCAUCGCUGUUCAAAAGAUCUUGCUCAUGAACCGCGAGAAACUCUUGACCUUCCUGGCGCAUUUCCUUGAGGAUCGAACUGAUGACGAACAAUUUAUUGAUGAACGAGAAUUUUUGAUAAAGCAAAUUCGUAAUAUGCCAUCGACUCCUGUGGUCUCUCAACGCUCUGUUAGCGCAUCAUAGUUUAUCUCGAUUCUUUGGGAGAGCGUGCAUAGUUGGAAGCGUUAUCAAUGAGCGUCUUGCUGGCCAUCCUUCUAAUUUUUUUUUAAACCCUGCUCUCAGUUUUCAUUUUGUAUUGGAGUUUAUUAAUACCGUGGAGUUUAGGGCCACAUCAAAUCAUCUGCGGGUCAAGGCAUGCCAUUAGAAAAGAUAAUAUUACAAAUUGAUUCAGAGUGCAGGCAAUAAGUUCGCUGGAUAAAUACCAC